AUGUCUGACUCCGAACAGUCUAUCAAAGUUCUUAACGAGCUUUUCGAGAAGCUUAAGGUUGCUACUCCUGAAAGCAGAGAGGCUACCGCUUCUGAAAUCUCCUCGUUCGUGAACGGUAACAUCAUCGAGCAUGACGUGCCAGAACAAUUCUUCGAAUCGAUCGCCAAGGCAUUGAAGGACAAGAAACAGGCUGCCAACGCUUUGGAAGCCGUUUUGCGUGUCGCCAGCGAGUCGAACUUGUCGCCAGCUAUCGAGGCCAGCGUGGUCCGUUUGGUGCCUGAAGUCAGCAUCAAGGCUGCCGACAAGGACAAGGACGUGCAAGACCAGGCCACCAAAGCUUUGGUUGCCAUCGUCAAGGCCGUUAACCCUGUUGCCGUCAAGAUCUUGCUACCUCACUUGACCACCCGUCUAGCUGAGACCAACAAAUGGCAAGAAAAAGUGGCUGUUUUGGCCGCUGUCACCGCUUUGGUCGACGCUGCCAAGGUCCAGGUUGCUCUAAGAAUGCCUGAAUUGAUCCCAGUGUUGUCCGAGGCUAUGUGGGACACCAAGAGAGAAGUCAAGGAUGCCGCCACUGCCACUAUCAGCAAGGCUACCGAAACCGUCCAGAACAAGGAUAUCGACCGUUUCAUUCCUAAGUUGAUCGAGUGUAUUGCCAACCCUAACGAGGUUCCAGAAACCGUCCACUUGUUGGGUGCCACCACCUUUGUUGCUGAAGUCACUCCAGCCACUUUGUCCAUCAUGGUUCCAUUGUUGGCCAGAGGUCUUGCUGAAAGAGAAACCUCUAUCAAGCGUAAGGCUGCUGUCAUCAUCGACAACAUGUGUAAGUUGGUCGAAGACCCACAGGUUGUUGCUCCUUUCUUGAGCAAGCUGCUACCUGGCUUGAAGAACAACUUCGCCACCAUUGCCGACCCUGAAGCUCGUGAGGUUACUUUGAGAGCCUUGAAGACUUUGAGAAGAGUUGGUAACGUUGGUGAAGACGAUGCUUUGCCAGAAGUCUCCCACGCUGGUGACAUUUCUACCACCAGAGGUGUUUUGGACAACUUGCUAAAGGACCAAAAGCCAGCUGCCAGAUUCGAACACGUUGUUUAUUACGUUGCCGGUGUUGCCGCUGACUUGAUUGACGAAAGAAUCAUCGAUCAGCAGGCCUGGUUCACUCACGUCUUGCCUUACGCCACCGUCUUUUUGCACGAAAGACAGGCCAAGGAAAUCAUUGACGACUUCAGAAAGUUGGCUGUCGACAACAUCCCAGUCGGUCCAAACUUCGACGAUGAAGAAGACGAAGGUGAAGACCUAUGUAACUGUGAGUUCUCUUUGGCUUACGGUGCUAAGAUCUUGCUAAACAAGACUCAAUUGAGAUUGAAGAGAGCCAGAAGAUAUGGUUUGUGUGGUCCUAACGGUGCUGGUAAGUCCACCUUGAUGAGAGCCAUUGCUAACGGUCAAGUCGACGGUUUCCCAACUCAAGACGAAUGUAGAACUGUCUACGUCGAGCACGACAUUGACGGUACUCACGCUGACACCUCCGUUUUGGACUUCGUCUUCCAGGGUGACGUCGGUACCAAGGAAGUCAUUACCGCCAAACUAAUCGAGUUCGGUUUCUCUGACGAGAUGAUCAACAUGCCAAUCUCCUCCUUGUCUGGUGGUUGGAAGAUGAAGUUGGCUUUGGCCAGAGCUGUGUUGAAGAACGCCGAUAUUCUAUUGUUGGAUGAGCCAACCAACCAUUUGGACACUGUUAACGUCGCCUGGUUGGUUAACUACUUGAACACUUGUGGUAUCACUUCUAUCAUUGUUUCUCACGACUCCGGUUUCUUGGACAAUGUUACUCAAUACAUUAUCCAUUACGAAGGUUUGAAGCUAAGAAAGUACAAGGGUAACAUGUCUGAAUUCGUCAAGAAGUGCCCAACUGCUCAAUCUUACUACGAAUUGGGAGCCUCCGACUUGGAGUUCAGAUUCCCAGAGCCAGGUUUCUUGGAAGGUGUCAAGACCAAGCAAAAGGCUAUUGUCAAGGUUUCUAACAUGACUUUCCAAUACCCCGGUACCGCCAAGCCUCAAAUUCAGGACAUUUCUUUCCAAUGUUCUUUGUCUUCGAGAAUUGCUGUCAUUGGUCCUAACGGUGCCGGUAAGUCCACUUUGAUCAACGUGUUGACCGGUGAACUAUUGCCAACUAUUGGUGAGGUCUACACUCACGAAAACUGUCGUAUCGCUUACAUUAAGCAGCAUGCUUUCGCUCACAUUGAAUCUCACUUGGACAAGACCCCAUCUGAGUACAUCCAGUGGAGAUUCCAAACUGGUGAAGACAGAGAAACCAUGGACAGAGCCAACAGACAGAUUAACGAAGAUGACACUGAAGCCAUGAACAAGAUCUUCAAGAUCGAAGGUACCCCAAGAAGAAUUGCUGGUAUCCACGCUAGAAGAAAGUUCAAGAACACCUACGAGUACGAGUGUUCUUUCACCUUGGGUGAGAACAUCGGUAUGAAGUCUGAGAGAUGGGUUCCAAUGAUGUCCGUCGACAACGCUUGGAUUCCAAGAGGUGAAUUGGUCGAAUCUCACUCUAAGAUGGUUGCUGAAGUUGACAUGAAGGAAGCUUUGGCCUCCGGUCAAUUCCGUCCAUUGACCAGAAAGGAAAUCGAAGAGCACUGUUCCAUGUUGGGUCUAGACGCCGAAUUGGUUUCUCACUCCAGAAUCAGAGGUUUGUCUGGUGGUCAAAAGGUUAAGUUGGUCUUGGCUGCCUGUUCGUGGCAGAGACCUCACUUGAUCGUCUUGGAUGAGCCUACUAACUACUUGGACAGAGACUCUUUGGGUGCUCUAUCCAAGGCCUUGAAGGCCUUCGAAGGUGGUGUUAUCAUCAUUACUCACUCUGCUGAGUUCACCAAGAACUUGACUGAAGAAGUGUGGGCUGUCAACAACGGUGUCAUGGUUCCAUCCGGUCACAACUGGGUUGCUGGCCAAGGUUCUGGUCCAAGACUAGAGAAGAAGGAAGACGAAGGUGACAAAUUCGACGCCAUGGGUAACAAGAUCAGCUCUGGUACCAAGAAGAAGAAGUUGUCUUCCGCCGAGCUAAGAAAGAAGAAGAAGGAAAGAAUGAAGAAGAAGAAGGAGUUGGGUGACGCUUACGUCUCCUCCGAUGAUGAAUUUUAA